AUGGUAUCCCAUACACAAACUAUUGGAGCACCAGACAUCACAUGGGGCACACUUCAAAGCCCUGACAACAGCACAGCUUCAGUGCUUGUGCCCAACAUUCAGCAACAGCAACGUCCACAAAGUGUAUCAGGUAAUGAAUAUACCAAUAACUCAAUGCGGAUUAGCAUUGGUGGUUCUAAUCCUACCUCUUGCUCUCCUUCAGUAUCCAUGGCUCAAGCCAUGUCACCAUUUCCACUGCAGAUAUUGCAGCAAUCCAACCAUACAAAGGAACUGCGGCGCUUGGUGCAGCCUACUCAGAAUCAAACAGUGCCUCCUGCACAUUCUGUCACCCCAGCAAAGCGGCCCCAACAGGAAUCAUUUGAUCUCCCCCCUCCAGGGGAUAAUCAACUUCAAACAGCAGUAUCCACCACUGGUGAUAGUCAUUCUGAGGCUAUUCAGACCCCGUUACACACUCAGCCUCCAACUCCUAGCAGUAACCAAUAUGUGACACCCUCCAGGUCCUCUAAAUGUGCUAGACCACCGCCUGGAUCUCCUGUCUGGAAUUAUCCUUUUGGUGAGAGGGUGAGCACUACUGAAACACGUUGGGAGACUGGGAGAGCCAAAGUCCAUAAGCAACCUAAUAUUCUUUGUAACAAGGAUAUUCAUCUGCUCCAACUUCAAAACUUACUUUCUGGUGUUCCUGAUCUUUCAGAAAGUUCUGGAGGUGUCACAGUAGAUGGGUUGCUUUUAGACCCUGAUUACACCUUAUAUCUCCAGGUCUAUGCUACAUGUUUGAUGCAUGCUAUCUAUCGACCUUUUGACACCUCCCAAACAAUCAUGAUCCUUGAACCUACACCAGUUGAUUGGUCGUACUGGGGAACAAUCACAACAUCAGGUCAACCCCCUCCAACCCAUUUGAUUGGACUCUGCUCCAUAUUACUCCAACCUGAUGAUAUUGAAGAAACAGUACUCUUGGUCUGGGGAACAUGUGAACUAGUGGAUGAUCUGACCCUGGACAUUGAACUAACAUACUAUGACAAUUGUGCAAGGAUCCCAUCAAGUACUUUUGUGGAGGAAGUAAACAACUGGGUGUGGACUGUUGUGGAAAAUAACCUGCCAUGUGGUUACAACAUGGGCCAAAGGGUUCUCUGGGGUGCAAAGUGGUCUGAGGACUAUCAUACAUUCUCUGAGAUAGAGCUUGAUAUGGUAUUUUGCCAGAUUAUCUCUGCAGUGGUGUAUGACAUGCCAUUUCAUCCUCAGAUUUUAGCAGAUGGUCCGCCACUGAUGCCAAGAUGGCCAUAUGAGAUGACACAAGCACAGAUUCAAACCCUGCUUGGUCAACAAGUGGAUGGCAGUCUUAGCUACAAGGCCCUUGUCAGUGAGAAUGACUUUGUACCAGAGCGCAUUUAUCUUCACAGCUACCCGUUUGAAGCUGAGAUUUUGCCAAUGCAUGACACGCUGGAAGGGUAUGGGUUUGAGGAGCAAGAGGAAGUAGAGGAAGUUCCAAGCGUACCAAUGGAGGACAUAUUCACACGGCAUGACUCCCUCAAUUCAUCCAAGAAAACUAAUUUUACUAAUUUUACUCUUCUUAGAACUGAAGCCUGGAUUGAACAAAAAGCUGCUUUAGAAGCAACAGGACAGCAGCACUACUACUUAAUGUUCUCCGACAAGUUAAGGUAUCAAACUGCCACACCAUCAAUUGCUUCUGAGUUCUCAGUCCAUGUAGUAGAGCCAGGUCCAAACAGAAGUGUUGUUAUGCAAAGGGAUUUGAUUGCCAAGACUCAUGAUUGCAUGCUAGCUCAUUGCAAGUACAGGCACACUGCACGCCUUGUGUAUUGGAAGCAACUACAAGAGUCCACCCCAGAUAUGGAUUGUAUCUCAUUUGUGACCACAAACCUCUGGUUAAGCUCCUUGAUGGCUGCACCAGAUUGUUGUAUUUUCUAUCUGGAUCCAAACCUGGUCACCACAAUCCUUGAGCUCUACUGGAACAACCCAUCUGAACUUGAUGGAAACAUCCCUGAACUUUUUGGUAGGCAAGAUCUUUGGGAUUGGAUGGGACCACUUGCCCGUAUUUUGGCCAUUCUCAAGUUGGAUGAUUUGUGUGAACCUUCUCCAGGCAAACUCAGUUGGACACUUCUUGAGCUGGAAGUAGAGAAAGGGCGUGUUACAACAGUGGAUGUGGUUUUGGCCCCAUGCACCAACUUUAACAAGCCACAGUUCACUCAACUGCUUUUACAUCUGAUAGAGGCAUUGAACAAGAUCCUUCCUGCACGGCCACUGAUAACUAGGACCUCAAAAGUCAAACAACGGACUCACAGUCUCAUUUUGCCUCCUCCAUUCAACAAAGAAUCUAUUCUCUUGGUGAUGAUUGCCUAUUUGUGUGGCAAGAUGCUCAAUCAAGAAGUAGCUACUGUGGAUGUACAAACCAUGAGGCAAGGCCUAUGUUUCUACUUUGACUUGGCGCUUCGAAACCCAGAGGUGGAUUAUAGCUUUCCCUGGCCUGGUCUCACUGAUGAAGUUGGAAUGCUUUUGACUGAGUAUAACCAGACUGAUGUUGCACGCAAACGGUUCCACUUGGCUCACAACCAAGAGCCAUCUCCAAUUGAAAUGUUUUCUCGCAGGCGCUCUUAUGCUGCUACCGUAGCCACUCCAGGGCCAUCUGAACCUUUCUUUCUUGAACUUGCUCAAUCUCAUUCUUCCCAUGCUGAAGGAAUUCUCAUGCACACGUCAGGUCGUUCCAUUGAUGCAUUGGACAAAGCCAUCCUGUUGGGGCAGUACCCAUCCUUCAAUCCUUUGUUCAGCACCACUCUUGAUGGACCCAAUACCAUCUCUCCAGAAGAGUUAACAGAACUUGUCUAUUCCCUUGGAGGACCUGAAGACCCUUCCACUCAUAAUCUCCUAAUGACUGGAGAACAUGAAGACCAGAGCUUAGUUCUUGGUUGGGAGAAGAAUGCCAUAUACCCUCAGCCUGAGUGGCUUCUUACAGGAUAUGACCUUGACUCCUUGACCCUCACUUGCUCCAAAGUACCAGAAAUCCUGGAAGCUGGGAGCUACCACCCUUACCCCAACCAAGAUUUAUCCUUGAUUUACAACAAUGAAUUGACAGUGAAGAUUCAAGGCAAGCCAGUCAAGAUGCAUACAUGCCCCAACUUUUGCAUCAUGACGUUUGGUGCCAACAAUCAGUUCAGGUUAUUAGUAUUUUUCCCAAACUGCACCAAAAGGGUUGGGACACAUUGGCGCAACUUACCAAGGAUCAGUGAAAUGGAGGACUGGUAUCACACAUUCUUGACAGCACUCCGUUUCCUAAGAAGUCAAGUCCCAUAUCAUCUGCAGCAUGUUGUGGAGAAGACCAUUGAGGCCCUUCCAUCUACUUAUAACAUGGCCUCCAAUCAGGUUAAUCAGGGUGGAGGAACACAAUCCUUUCUUGGGCACCGUUUGGAACCUGUUAUUUUAAACUUGGUUUUCCCUAUGGUUCGUCAAAUUAUUGACAAUACACUUCAGCUUGCCAAAUAUUGCAAUUACUUCUUCCAUAUCUGUGGUAUCAACCUGAAGCUGGCAACCAUGAACAUACAUGGGCGUGAUGAUGAUGAUCCCCUCAAAUAUGCCCUGCGAAGUUAUGGCUUUAUUGAUUGGUUUGCUCAAAAUCCGCACGACAUUGUGGCCAAUAUUGGCUGGACUACCAAUGUGCAUCGACCAUCUAUGCCGGAAGAGUUGAAAAGAAGCACCAUGCUAUUCCGUUAUGCGGCUAUGCAAGAGCUUCUGCGUCCAGCCUACAAGACACCGCACUUUGAUAGGUACUGCACUUCAUUUUCUGUGGGCGGUGGACGUGCGCUGCCUUAUGCUGCUAUCAAGCAAGAUUCAGGUGUCUCCAAGGUUCAAUUCUAUCCCAAAGAUAUGGUUUUGACGUACCGUCAUUGCAACAAAUCUGUUGGGGCUAACUUUACAGUUUCUGAGGCACUGGGUGUAGGAAACCAGACCAAAUUUUCCUCUGCAAUGAAGGCCUUUCAAGAUGUUAUGCUGGAAGCCAACACUUACGGGCUGCGUUUUGAAGUGCGCCUAUCUGCAUGGGGAGCCAACCAGUUCAUGAAGAGGGAUCCUUGGGACAUUUUGGAUCAAAUGCUAGCAGCGGAAGCUAUUGCAAGUCAUCAUUCAUGUAUUUGCUAUCCAACUGAGAGUCUUGCACGUUUCAAGGCUAUGCUAAGCAAAGGCUGGUCUUCAAUUAUCCAACGGCAGCGUCAGCUAUCCACAGUUUCCCGGCGCUCACCUGAGGUGGUGUUGCUCACUUCAGUUCUUGCUUAUUGGCUGAGAAGUCUAGUCAAGCGCCCUGAUGAGCAGAGUGCUACAAAACAAAUGGUGGACAAUUUACAGCUUACUGAAACAGCCAAAAACCAAGGAUUUCCUUUCUUACGCUCUGAGGCUCUGGACCCCAAUGGGCUACAAGUGUCCUAUGUUGUCAACCCAAACACCUUUAGGAUCAUUGAGCUAUCCAAGCUCAUUGUACCAAUUAAACCCAGGAAAGGCACAACAUCAGUCCCCCGCAUUACCUCUGGGCCUGCAUUACUUCAAUCACCACCUCCAUCUCCAAGAAAUGGCAAAGGUCCAAAUUCCAUAUGGCCUAUUGAGUCAGAUUGGUUUGUUAAGAACCUUAUCAACAAUGCUCUACCUCAUGUUCUCUGGAGUUUAUUUCCUCAAGAUUGCUUGAUUGAUCAUGGGAGAGCAAGCAAACUCCGGAAAUGCGCGUUCAAGAAGCAACACUGGACCCAGAUUGUUGAUGUGAUGACAACUACAAAGUCUGUUCCCUUGAAGUUCAGCGACUCUCUUGAUUGGCUGUUUCCGCAAAAUUGGGAAUCCACUGCAACGGGAGGUCAAUGGGGAACGUACAACAAAGACUUCUUGCAAAGAAUCAGGGACCACGUUCAGACAAAGCCUGUCAAGAUACGGUCAGCUUACUCUACGGGGCUGAGAAGAAGAAUUUGCAUUUUAAUUAUGCAGGAUUGGGAUUACCUUCCUCAUAUGCAGUCUCAUAAAGUAUUGGCCUUUGAAGUUGGGCCAGGAGGCCAUCGCAUGUAUUGCAUUUGUCCUUUGUAA